AAAAAAAAUAUGACAGACUGCAAUGAGUAAGAGGAGCGAGAGCAUAAAGCAAGAUGGUGAGGAAAUAUUCUCUCAAACAUCUAAGGGACGCUAAAGUCAUAUGAGAACAAGAUACAGACCGUGACACAUCUUUCUGAACUAAGUCAAGCAGGUUUCCACACCACUUUGGAUAACACAUUUUGUCAAGCUUCUUUAAUUUGGAAAACUCAGCCCAGCUUAAUUACUUCACAAAUUCUGCCAGAUAAAUACUUCAAAUUAAAAAUGUCGAUGGAAAGAUGACAACAUUCAAUUCCUACUCUAAUGAAUGCACUGUGUGAGAUUCAGAGACUUUUAAAAGGAUGAGUUUGCAUACUGGAACUUCUGUGUGUCAACUUCCUGAAUCAGACACAACUAGCAGCGUGACUCAAGGUGCACAAACAUCCGAUGGAACGGCAGCACAAAGUCAAAAUCAGCCAUCUGUAAAGCCUUAUGGCUCUGCAGCUGCUAGAUUCAAAAUCCGCUCUGCUAAAACACUUACUACCAAGGACCUUAGGAAGAAAAGCUUUUCUUUUGAGAGUGGAAAUGUUGAAGACUUAAGUCAGAAAAAUCCAAGUAAGGACCUCAACAAAGUUUGUACAUCUGCUAGUUAUACCCACACUAACAUUGAUGAGACAGGUAAAACUUUAAGUAAGGAUGUACGAAUGGAUUCAACUCCUUUAAUCAGUUCUGAAAAGAGUCAUGUGAGUGAUAAAAGCUUAAUCACUCAGGCAGACAAGACAGCAAGUGACAGAAACAGAGGAGAUGAGUUGAGGAGAUUUUAUCAGUCAAACAAAAGUAAAAGCUUAGACUGGAGAGCAAUGAAUAGCAAAGCAGGACUUGGUAACACAACUGUCAUGACUAGUGGCACCAGAGAUUAUAGUCACUACAUGACGCGAUCAGAUAGUUCAGAAAAAGCAGAAACAAACAACAUCACUUCAAGUACACAAGAGAAUCAACCCAUUACCUAUUCGAGGAGGAUCCAGGCUUAUAAUGUGGCCAAUGAUGGUGAUCAGAGCAGUGACAGAAAGGUUUCUCCAGUCUCUGGAUAUACAUCUUUGAGAAUGAACCAAAUCAAUUUUGCUAUAGAAAAGGCAAGCAACGGUCAGUCACUCCCUUCCAGACUAAAGCCAAGACGUAGCCUAGAUUCUAUUGAAGAUUGUGGUAGUCUCUGGGCACAGCAACCAGGGGAAUCAAGUCUUGGUCAGACAGACAAGAGAAUCGGAUUCUGGACCAGAGAGCAAGGACUUUCUAAUGCUGAGGAAGUAACUGGAAACCAAACAAUAAAGGAACGAAUUGAUAAACUGCUUGGGUCACAUGGCAAAUCUGAUGCUUUAAGUCCUGAUAUAUCAUUUUCCAAGUCUAUGGACACUGUGGACUCCACUCCAAGUCAAAGGAAAAACACUACCAACCCUUCAGAUUAUAUUCACAGCCAACAGGACAAGCCUUCAGACAAUGCAGAAAAAGCUGGAACAUUUCCUAGAAGAUUUUCAACCACAUAUUUUGGUCCCAAGCCAGAACUCUCUUUAAAUAACGACAACAGAAAUGACCAAAGGGAAAAUCCCUCUGGAUUAAGUUCUUCAUUGUCAUCAAAGCCAAAGUGGAGUACAGAGAGUUACAAAAAUACUCAGUCACUUCUGCAUGAUGACAACAAAGAAUCAAGCAAAAGGGUGUUAACAGGGUCACCAAAGUACUGUAGUCAGUCAUUAGAAAGGACCAGGAGUAAACUGUCAGCAACUAGUCAAUACAGCAUUAACAGGAACCAGUCUGCAUAUUCAGAUAGUAAUUCAAACACCCCCAACAAGGAUCUCAACUGUCUUUCCAGCCGGAUCAAAGAGGACAUUUUGAAAGAUAAACAACCAGAUAAAGAAACUAUCAAGGGACUGGACAUGAAGGAAAACAGGUGUCAGGGUGGUUCGCAAGUGGAAACCACCCAACCCAAGAACCCGUUAUCCUCAAAAGCACAUAGUGACGUCGAUAAAGAUGGGAAAGACAGUGUUUUUACAUUUAAAACUGAGGGAAGGAGAGGAGAAGGUGUACUAGAAAAGUUCCGUGCACAAUCCAUGGAUUCUGUAAAGAAUACAAUCAGCAUGUUUGAAUCUUUGGCGCAACAAGGAACCCCAAAAGAUCUUUAUUCCAAAAGGACAUUAUCUGUACCAGAGCAUCCCAAGCCUGCCGCUCUUGUGAGGAAGAGUGGCUCAGAAAGAAAUCUUCAUUUUGGAAGAUCUGUGGGGAACAGAGAAAGCCCAAGAACAAAUUUCUUUAACAAAAACGAAUCCAAUAAGCAGACUGAAGAAGGCACUCUAAGUAAAGCUCCUCAUUCAAAUUCUUCUGUCAGAGUAACACCAACAUUUGAACCACGUCAGGAGACUUACAGAAAGAGUGUAGAGCUUGUGCCAGAAUUUAAACAAAUGAAUGAAUCAAGAACUGACCGAGUUAGCAGACAAAAUGAUGACGUUGAAUCUAGGACAGCUGGUAAAAAACAUAGUGACGAACCAGAUUCUGCAAUCCAUGUUUAUUCAGAGCUCAGAAAGUUCAGAGCAACGGAAGAAAAAGUGGAACGUCCAGAAUUCUCUCAACACUCAAAACGUUUAUUAAAGCAACAGACUAUCCAUGUAAAAACAGAGGAUGAUGGUGAUGAUGAGGAUGAAGAUACACCAAUUAACUCUCCUAAUAGUGCACCUAGCACAAUUAGCAUGGAGAAACAGAGCAACACUGGAGUCGUAAAAGUUAAUGGGACCCAUCCCAAAGUGCUACCCAAUCAACCUCAAAGUUCCUCUCAUUUCCAGUCUAUCUAUUCCUCACUCAACCAUUCUAAUAAUAACAACUACAAAAUAAGGGAGGAUCUGACGCCACUGACUACGGCUAGGUGGAGCUCUGAUGAGGAAGAUUAUGAUGAUGAGGAAACAGACACUGACGAGGACUCUGAUUCAGGAGAGUCAUCUGUGACCAUCACAAGCCACAUGAGCCAAUCUGAACGCAGAAGUUUCUCCUUAAGUCUCAUGGACCUAUGUAACUUUGGUGGGGUGGACUAUAAUUCGCCAGAUUGGUUAGAGGAUGAUGAAGAUUUGCCAUCCUCACGCUCUGCGUCGCUGAGCUCAGACAUCUCAGUGUUCUCUUCUGUGACUCUUCUGAGCACUGAUGAACUAGAUCGCUUAUUGGAUGAUGUCAAGAGCUUGGGAGACGACACCCUGAAGAAAUAUGAAGACGUGCAAGUGGUUGUGUUACACAAGGAGGUGGGGAGUGGCUUAGGAUUUACCUUGGCAGGGGGAGUGGAUCAGAAUAAACCAGUCACAGUCCACAGAAUAAUCUCAGGUGGGGUAGCAGCACAGGAAGGCUCCAUCUUCGAGGGUGCUCAGGUGCUGUCAAUCAACGGCACUGCCCUCCAGAACUCUGCCCACUGGGAGGCUCUGCGUACACUGAGAAAAGCAAAAGGACAGGGAAUGGCAGUGGUUGUUCUUCAGAGUGGCAACAGCAGAAAAGAUGUCACUGAAAAAACAGGAAUCACAGGGAGGAGAGUCCGUGUGACUCUGAACAAGUCCAGCUCUGAUCUUGGCUUUAGUCUCGAAGGAGGGGUGGGCUCCAGCUCAGGAGACAAACCCCUCACUAUACAAAAAAUCUUCCGUGGUGGACCAAUUAGUGAAGUGUUCCCUGGGGAUGAACUGUUAGAGGUGCAGGGUCGAAGUUUGGAGGGCCUGAUGCGUCUUGAGGCUUGGAACCUCAUAAAGAAGUUGCCCUCUGGUCCAGUGGACAUCUUAUUACACCGUCCUCAUCAACUACAUUGAAGACCUCUACUUUCCUUCUUACACCUGCCUUUUUGAAGUGCUAUGCAUGUCAUAAUUUAUGCUGUUACAGGAUCUAUCAUGUUUUGUUCUUGCAUUUUUUCUCUGCCAAUAUGAAGUAUCAUAGUCUUUUGAAGUGCUUUUAAUCCCUCCAAGAUUUGAAAAACUUUGAAUUAAUGCACUCCAAAAAUGCUGGGUUGUCCCAAAUUAAUGCAAAAAAACCACUGAAGACCACUGUGUAAAAAUGUAAUUUAAAAAGUUAUCCCAAUGGUUGGGUUUGUCUACAUUUUAACCAAAUUUGAUUGAAACAACCAAGUCAUUUUAAGGAUUGUACUGCCAAAAUUAAAGAUAAGAAAGCACUGGAGGCCAGACGGCCAUUCUUUUAAAUAGAUGUUAUUUUAAAUAAUGUUUACACACUUGUUAUGCAACAAUUUAUAUAAUAUUGUACAAUCAGUAUGUAUCAGAAACCAUUAUAUAUAUUGUAUUUAGUUCUUAUGUUACAACAUAUGUACAGUAUAUGUGUCUAAUGUAUGUUGUUUGUACAUAUCUGAUCCAUUCCAGAAAAAAACUUUUCAAUAUUAAAGACAAAGACAUGAGCGAUAGCUUAUAUAGCAUCCA